AUGACGAGCUUCAACUCGCCGACGGAUUCUGUUAGUGAUCAACAGGAUCUCUCGCUACCAGGAUUGACCAGGAGAGCAACGAUUGGAGAUCCAGUCUAUGACAAUACCGUCACGAAGCAGAAGAGGAGGACGGUAGCUGUUGCUUGCGAGAGGUGUCGCAGGAGGAAGAUUCGUUGCGAUGGAAUCCUACCAUGUGCGACAUGUGCCAGAUUUUCCGUUCGAUGUGUCAGGCCCGAAGAGAGGAGAGAGCGGAGCAGCAGUACGGCUGAAACAGCAGCACUAGCUUUACGUGUAAGACAGCUUGAAGCAAGGCUUACUGCCAGUGAUCUAGGUCUAUCUGGAAACAGCGGCACGUUCGAUGGGGUUGGGAGUCCCUCAAGACCUCCAACCUUACAUCUCCAGACAAGCUUCGACGACUUAUCCUCACCCUUUAACUUUGAGGAGAAUACACAACAACUCGCAUCACCCGUGGAUGGUACAAUGUCACUCUCAGUCCCCGCGAUCCAAGUUACAGGACCUCAAGGCGGAAUGCCGUCUUCCCCCUUUCUUUCCCCCAAUUCCCCCGCCCCMAGCCUAUAUUGUGGUACCACACGAGCUUCAACACCGGAUCCUUUCGCAGCAACAGCCUGGAGUAUGGAUAUAGGCUCCCCAAAUUUCAAUCGUACACCCCCAGUAACCGAUUGGGCCGACUUCUACGAAUCCAGCGCCCUCCUCACAACUCCAAGCAUAGGCCAUUCCAGGCGAUCAUCAGUUUCAUCCUUCGGUGGUCUGGGACCAAGUUUCUGCUCCAUGGAUCUCGACGGCUCUUCAUCUUCUCCUCAAGACUGGACAGAUCAUCAACCUCCUGUCGAAUUCCCUACUUGGAAUCAAGAACGAUCCUACAACCCUUCAAUCCCUCCAAAACAGCAUGCAGAAACUUUAGCAGAACAUGCUUUUACUCACCGAAUGAUACCACUAGAGCGAACGGCUUUCCGAGUCUKUCUCGAAGCAGUCUAUCAACGUGAAGACUCCCCAAACGGAAUCUCCAUAUCCCAGACGAUGUUAUCGUCGCUUACGCCUUACUCGGUGCGAAUGGCUAGAUGUCUCGUCUUCCUCGUCCUGACCAUCGGCGCGAAAUUACAAGCGGAUUCUGGAGAGGAGGGUUCUGUGUCGAGUAUUUGCUAUGCGGUGGUGCAUGAGCAGAUGCGUGGUUUGGACUUUUGGACCGAAGCUGGGWUUCAGGAGGUUAUUGCUUUGCUACGAUUGUUAUCAGAGAUUGGCGGAAUGUAA